AUGAGUGUUUCGAACUCGAGUUUCGAUCAAGAAAAAUAUUUUCUUCCUUCAACAAUUCAGCUCAUCGUAUCGGUAACUGACAGAAUAAGUUACAGUGUUUAUGCAAUUGCUGUUGUAUUCAGUGUGCUGCAAACAUUUCGGAGAAAUCAAACUCUCGAUCGUUUUCUGAGCUACGUGGUUCACGGAUAUUCCGAUGGUAAAUUCGACUCGAAUCAAGUUUAUUUUCGCAAACAAGUGAUCACUUGCUAUCGAUACGAUCAACGUUUUUCGUAUAUUCCGCAUCCGAAUCGAUUGAUGCUAUUCACAGUUGCUGUUCAUGUACAGGUGCUUAUGCUUAUCGCAAUCCGAACGCUAUUUCUUCGGCAAAGCAUCGCUAUCAGCGAUUGUGUGUCAUUCGACUUUCCACUUGAUGUACUUCAAUGUGAUAAUAAUCAAUCUCCAUGUUCAUCGAAUGGAACCGAAAGUGUCGUCAAAUGUACGUACUAUUCAUUCCAAACAACGAAUAUCAUCACGACAGUUACAUCAGUAAGCACUUGGCAUUACGCACUUCGUUAUUGUGUAGUUAAAUUGAUUCGUUUUGCGCGUUGGAGCACAUUUCGUGACGAUGAUCAACCAAGAAACCUCUGUUGUUGGCGAGCCACACCUUGUCGUUUACGUUGUAUCAUGUACGUCGAUUAUGCCGUGCUAUGGAUCUAUUUACUUGUCACGUGUAUACUUGGUCUGGGGUGGAAUAAAAGUCUUUAUCAGUUACCAUUUGACACAUUUGGAUCAGUUUGGGUACCGAUAAUUAUAGCUGCAGAUCGGAUAUAUACACUUAGUAUGGCAUUGAUUCCUGAGUUGUUACAAAACUGGUUGGAUGCCACAAGAAAUGGCGAAGUGUUGCAAGUUUUGAAGGCGAACGAUUUGCUUCUGACGAAUCUUGAGCCUCUCAUUCAAUUGACUUGGAAGGAAAGGUUGCCUCCGUCGGUAGCUACAGAUAAACUAGCACACGAUAGUGCUACUGAACAAGAAUCUUACAUGUAA